AUGUCCAAGCAAGGAUCCCAAACAGUAGCCAGCAUUGAUGACAAUGCAGACGGCGAGAUUAAAAGGCCGGUUGAAACGGCAGAGCCUUCAGACCAGCCAUCACUUUCUUCAGCGGCAGUGGCCUUCAUCCUGUUAGGACUGAGCUUACCCGUUUUUCUCAUUGCCCUAGACACUUCCAUUGUUGCUACAGCUAUUCCUUAUAUCACAGAUCGAUUCCGGUCCACGCAGGAUAUUGGGUGGUAUGGAAGCGCAUAUUUUCUUGCACUAUGCUCACUACAGGCGACAAGUGGUAAACUCUAUGCUACAUUUUCUCUCAAAUGGACAUUCCUCAGCUUCUUUGCCGUAUUUGAGCUCGGCUCUCUACUAUGUGCCACGGCUGUGAGCUCUAACAUGUUUAUCGGCGGGCGUGCUGUUGCAGGAGCUGGAGGAGCAGGAAUCGUGUCUGGUGCAUUUUCUAUUGUUGCGUUCAUUGCUCCACUUCCGAAAAGACCACUGUAUAUCGGAGUUAUAUCCUCUUUUUUUGGCGUUGCGACUGUGGUUGGCCCUCUGAUCGGAGGGGCUUUUACGGAGCACAUAUCGUGGCGAUGGUGUUUCUACAUUAACCUACCAAUCGGUGCAAUAGCCGGUCUAGUGUUGACGUUUUUUUUCAAUCCUCCUACGAGAGCGAUAGAAACAGAGCCCAUUGUCCGCCGUAUCCGGGCUCUCGACCUAAUUGGUGCAUCUCUUUUCAUCCCGGCAAUCUUGAUGGCCCUACUUGCUCUUCAAUGGGGAGGAUCUACAUAUCCCUGGAAGUCAGCGACUAUCAUCGGACUUUUCCUCGGAUUCGGAGGCCUCUGCGUGGUCUUCGUGUUUUGGCAGUUUUAUAAGGGUGAAGAAGCCAUGCUGCCCAUGUCCAUACUCCUCAACCGCACUGUUGCCUUCAGCAGCCUCACUUUGGCAUUUGCAUAUGGCGCAAUAUUUUCAGUCGUAUAUUACCUUCCAGAGUGGUUCCAAGUCGUCAAAGGAGCGGGCCCAAUCAGGAGCGGCGUCAUGAGCCUCCCGACUUUCAUUCCGCAAAUCGCCGCCGCCCUGCUAUCUGGAGCAUUGGCCCCCCAACUGGGUCCCCUAAAUCCCUGGCUCUAUAUUGGUUGUGCUUUCAUGGCUAUUGGCAUUGGUCUCUACGGUACAUUUGAUACAUCCACGUCUUCCGCCCAUUGGAUUAGCUACCAAAUCCUUCCAGGAAUAGGAUUUAGCAUGAUGGCUCAAAUGCCCGUUGUAGCGGUGCAAGCCACCUUGCCGACUUCGCAAAGUCCUGUUGGCGUUGCUACAGCCACCUUCUCUCAAUUCUUUGGCAGUGCCAUUUUCCUGGCAAUCUCUCAAGCUCUGUUUGCUAAUAUUUUUAUUAAUAAGCUGACGGUGGACAUCCCCGGUGUCGAUUUACAGAACCUGCUCCUCAGUGGCUCGGGGGCUAUUCGCAAGCUGGUACCCCCAGAAGAUUUGCCAGUUGUUCUUGGCGCAUUUAAUCAAGCUCUCAUGGGCACAUUCUAUCUCUCAGCAGCGGUAUCAGCAGCGGCUAUUUUUAUAUCGUUUGGGAUACCUUGGAUCAACAUUAAGGGAAAGAAUUUGGUAAUAGAACCUGGUGCGUGA